UCACUAGUUUGAAGUGCAAUGCAUUGUCAAAGUGUACAAUGAAAGUGCUCUUGAAAUUAGUUUAAACUAAAAGAAAUCGAUACUUUUUUCAUAUAUAUCUUUAUUAUAUUAAAAUAAAUCGUUACGUUAAUUUUUAGGUAAUAAACUAUUAAAAUUUUGAUUACCAAAUUAGCACGUUUUCAGAAAGGUUAAACGAGCCUUGACAUGUCUAAUUAGCAUAAAGAUCAUCAAAAUAUUAAAUCACAAUGAACAAAAAGAAGCACCAAAACGAUCCCAGCGGUGAUAAUUCAUCAGAAUCGGCUGAUGAGAACCAAAAUAAUGUUGAGUGUGUUCACAUCAACAAGGCUGUUGAUUUAUCAAAGGUGAGAAAAGUCCUUACUCGUACUGGAUUUUUAACAGAUUGCGAUGAAUGUAAAAAACUGCCACCUUCCAAUGAUAUGGGGGAUAUCGAAUUCGACAAUACCCUAUGGUUGUGUUUGAAAUGUGGGAACCAAGCAUGCGGCAGGGGCCGAAAUAUGCAUGCUCUCAAACAUUUUAACACUCCUCAUUCAGAUUCUCAUGCGAUGUGUGUAAAUACGACUAUUUGGAGUGUUUGGUGCUACGAUUGUGAUGAGGAAAUUAAUUUAACUGCUAAGAAAAAACUAACUGAUGCUGUGGAAACUUUAAGAAAACAGGCUGAGUCAAAUAAGAUUAAACAAACACCAAGUAUACCUCAAUUAGCAGAUAGAGUCUUAGAUGUAAUUUCAACACUGCCACUGACUAAUACAGGAGCUACCCCAAAAAUGCAGAAUUCUGUAAAUUCCCUAUUCCCAAGGGCUAGAGGUUUAACAAAUUUAGGAAAUACCUGUUUUUUCAAUUCAGUAAUGCAAUGUCUAGGACAGACACCAUAUUUACUUAAAUUAUUAGAAGAAACCUCAUUAGAAGAUCAAUAUUUUAAACUACCUGGUGGAAAGUUGACUCUAGAAAAUAAAGAAACUAUUGAGUUAGAACCUUUAGAUGGAACUCUUGAGAAGUGGAGACCUUUAACAAUGACUUUAGCAGACACAUUAAGGGAGCUCCAAAGUGGUAGACAAGAAGUGUUUCUUCCAAGACCGCUUCUCUCAAGGCUGACUUCAAAAAUGCCCCAGUUUGGAGGUGGAGAUCAACACGAUUCUCAUGAAUUGUUGAGACAUUUGUUAGAAGCAGUAAGGGAAGAAGAUUUGAGGAGAUAUAAAAUUGUUAUUCUUCAGAAACUGGUUGGUGGAUCACAUACUAGCCUUGUUUUAGGCCUGAAUAAUAAAACUGACCCGGCCACUGUUGAAGGUGAUAAAAAGAAAAUAGUCAAAUUUUACGGGCAACAAGCUUCUGAAAUGCUAUUACCCACAGAACAAGUUUUUAGGGGUGUACUGGUCAGUACACUUCAAUGUCAAGACUGCGGGCACACCUCUCAUAGAGACGAAUUUUUCCUCGAUUUGAGCUUACCUAUAAGCGAGAAACAGGUUCCGCCAGUUUUGAGAAGAAAAGCGGAAGAUUUGGACGAUAACAAACCAUCAAAACAUCAAAUUAAAAAAGAAAAACGUGCAGAAAGGAAGAAAAAUAAAAAACACAAGGCACUGGCAUCGAACACUAUUAUUUUUAAGCAAGAUGGUACUUUUGUCAGUAAAUCUGAUAGCGAAUCAGAUGCUGAUGUUGAGGAUAAUGCUGAUGACCCUGCAUUAAAAGUUGCUCAACGUGAAGACAUUCCCAAGGGUACUGAAUCUGGUUAUAACUCAGAUAAAAUCGACAACAGCAGUCCUGACUCAAAUAACAGAGGAGUGUCGCCGGAAAUGAGGGUAGACGACAGCGGAGUUCCUAGUCCCAUUAUUGGAAUGCUUAGUGUAUCUCCUGGUAGUCCUGAAAACAGUCCUGCAUCUAGUGAAACCAAUCUAGACACUUGCAGUAGUUCGAGUCCAGUAUGUGGAAAUAAUAGUCCAAAUGAUGAAGCGGUAGAAGAAUUUGAAAGGCCCGAGUCGAGGAUGGCAUUUGUAAGUAACAAAAACACGGAUCUAAAAGUUGAUCUAGAAAAACUUAGUUUAGUAAAUGCUGAUAAUUCUAAUAAGAACACGGAACUGUUUAAUCAAGACGAAGACAGCAAUAUGGAGGGUGCUUGCGGUCCUGUUCAACAGGAGGCUGAGAAGAUGGAAGAGGAUGAUGGUUUAGAAGAAGAAGACGACGAUGAAAACUUGUGGUCUGGUACCAUAUCCUCUCGUUAUCAGUGUGAGGAAGGUGAAUGUUCUGUACAGUCUUGUUUAAGUCAGUUUACCGAAUGUGAACUGAUGGCCGGUAACAACAAAGUUAGCUGCGAGUCUUGCACCAAGAGGCUCGGAGGGCCCGAGAAAAAGACCGUUUAUACCGACGCUUCGAAGCAGUUGCUCAUUUAUAACCCACCCGCUGUACUUAUUCUACAUUUAAAACGUUUCCAGGUUAAUAGGUUCCGUUCAGCUAAAGUCAACAAAAACGUGAAAUUCACGGCUCUACUGGACUUGGCACCCUUUUGCUCAAAACGCUCACAAAACCUACCAACUUUUGAAGCAGGUCAAACCAAAGUCCUUUAUUCUCUCUAUGGUGUGGUCGAACAUAGCGGCAGUAUCCACGGUGGUCAUUAUGUAGCUUACAUCAAAGUCCGAUCUCCUCUAGACGAAAACAGCUACAGAUGGCAGUAUCUACCCAAGAACCAAAAGACAAAAACUGAUAACAGUCCUAAGGGAGCGCUAGGUGAUCCUGAAGUACCCGCUGGAAGAUGGUUUUACAUUAGUGACUCAUAUGUUUCUGAGGUGUCCGAAUCUAAAGUCUUAGCUGCGCAAGCGUAUUUACUGUUUUAUGAAAGAAUUAUGUAGGUUUCUUUAAUUCCCAUUCCUAGAUUUUUGUAUUGGAAUUAUUAGUAUAGAUGUUAUAAAUACGUUCAUUUGAAGUAUCUUACAGAUUGUAAGGAUCACUCUGGAUAUACGUCAAUUUAUGGUCACUAAAUAAUUCGCUUUUCUCAGACUUAUUUUGCAACGAUGCUGUAAUAAUAUGUCACAAUAUUUGAUGAUGUGUUCAUUUAUCUUAUUGAAUAGAAUAACUCUAUUAAAAUUUAGUUUUUUGAUGAUAUACAAAUAAUCUGAUAAUGCCAUUAAAUUAUAUUCGAUUCUAUAAAAUAAUUAUACCUUUAUUUUGAGCUUUUAAAAUUUACUUUACAUAUAAUUUUACUGACAAUUUUAAUUUCGUCAUAAUAAUUUAUAGAACUCAUUACAUAUAAUAUUAGUAUUUUAAUCAUUUAUUUUCGGCAUUGCUGUAUAUCUUUAUUUUUUUUUUUACAGACAAAAAGGAAUUGAAUUAUACAUAAAAACUAUUACGGAUAUUUAUUUAGGUUAUUUUAUUCAAAUGUUGUAUGUUACAGACCAAAUCAUAUAUGUCUACAACAAGGGACAAAUCUCUUUUAGUAUGCGAGUUUAAUAAAAUGUGAAUUAUUGAAUGCAAAAUGUUUGGACCUAAUUGAUUACAUUUAAACUAAAUCAGAACGGAAUAUUGUUCAUUGGGCCUUUAUGAGCAAACCAACAAUUUAAAACCUGAAGAACUGUAUUAAUUAUCCUUUAUCUGCUAUUUUCUUCUAGGUAAAAUGUUUUUCUUGUUUCACAUAUUGUCUGUAACAUAUGGAGUCGCAUAUAGAACAAGCACUCCCUUCAUUUAUAUAUUGACUCAGUGAUUAUGUCCCAGCUCUGUACUAAGUAUUUAAAUGCCAAUAAAAUUGAAUACCUACCUAUGAAGAUGUUUAUAUUUAUUUUAAAUCCUGGAUAAAAUAUGCCUCAACUAUCUUUAAAGUGAUUAAAAAUCACCAAUUAAACGUUUUCUCAUUUAAAGACUUGAAUUGAAGGUAUUUAUAAAAAAAAUUUUGUUUAAUAAUGUUAUAUCUUGUAUAAAUUUACUUGAAAUGAACGAUACUUGAAUUUAAGGAAUUUUGUUUGAGAGUUUCAUUGUGAGUUGAAGUUUGUUAAAAGUAAGUUACUAAAUUAUGUUUCAUCGAAAAAUAGAGUAAUGGAGUGUUAGGUUGGCAGUAGGCUCAGUUUAUUUCAAGGGUGGCCCAAUUUUUGGGCUAUUAGCCAUUCCAUCUUUCAGCAUAUUUUUUUAAUAAAAGGCGCAUGGAUUGUGAGAUAUUUUUAAUCUUGGGGGCCAACCUUGGUUCAUUUACAGGUAUUCCUCAUAUCAAUAUCACAUUAUAAUUAGGAAAUCAAUAAUUUAUAUGAAUCUUAAAAGCAUUCUUUGUACUCAUACCUUCUAGAGAGAAGGCAUUUUGCCAGUCAAAAUCAAUGUAUUAUUUAAUUAACUUUACUCUUAAUGAAACCAUGUUUUAUCACUCUAUUUAAAUAUGAAACUGAUUGUCAUUUUUUUAAAUUCACAAUUGUGUAUUUAUUAAAAUUAUUUUAUACCUA